UUUAAUGUAAUUAUUUCUUAAUACAGUAUUAGCAUUUAUAUAGGCUUCAUGGGGUAUAAAACGGGACGAUCUGUGUAGCAUGGAUCAUACCAGAGCUAACGUGCCGAGGGUCGAUAUCCCAAAAUGGUGUUCAAAUUGGUGAUCGUGAUUCUGACCUUGCUAGUAAUAAACAAUGGUGCACAUCGUUUCAACAGCUUCGAUAUCGAUCCUAACAAUUUCUACAAGUACAACUUUUUGAAACAUUUGGUUUUUAAGAGAGAUGGCGAAACCGACACGAAUGACGGAAUAGAACAGAAACCAAAACACACGCUUUGUCCUUACUAUAAUAAAAAAUGUAAAAAACUAGAAGACAAGAAUAGUUCGAAAAGAGCUUUGACUUUUAUGGAUUACCAGGAUUUCGUACGUUCCAUGUCACAUGAGAUUAUAACGGACGAAUAUGAUGACAAUAAUAUAGAAAAGUGAACAAUUAAAUCUGUAGUUAAUAGAGUCGGAUCAAGCUACCCCGCCUGGCAUUUGCAAUGGC